CCGACAGACGAGGACGAUGGAGACGACUGGACAGAUGAUAUGCGGCGUGUUCGUCCGAGGCUCGAAGUGCCUGUUGACUGGUAGUUGAUGGUCCCGCUAUUUUAUGUAGUUCAUUGUUGAUGGGACUAGGGCUCUGAACCCAUCAGAGGACCACCUUGAUUCGAUCGUCUAUCCGACAGAUAUGUCGUUCAAUCAUUCCUUUGGCGACCAAGACUUAAUAUUUGUGGAUCAGCUUGAGCAUAUUCCAGGGCUAGACGCCACUCCCUUUGAUCAAGCCUCCUUUUUGCAGCCGGUGCCUGAUGAUGUAGGGUUGAGUGGUACUUCCAUGACAUCAACGCCUGGGGUGGACUUUACCGAUGGGCCGGUGGGUAACGUUGGCGUUUUGAUGGUGGAUGUCGCGUCCAGUGAGCAGGGAAAGCAGGUUUGCUAUGGGAUGCUCGUCCACGAGAAGGUUAAACUAGUAGGGAAAGGCCAAGAACUAGAGACUAAGAUCCUAGCACUCAAAGAUAAUAACCAGCAUAUUCACACCCUUAGCAUCCAACCAUCUGGCGACGGGUCACUCUUCCUCAGGUUUCCUGACGGCACGGAUCUAGGAUAUCUAUCGAGAAAGAUGGAGCAGGCGUUGGAAGCACUUAUUUGUUUGCCCUUAUUCGAGAUCGAUGCUCUCACCAAUCUCAAUUCGCUCGUUGAGUCCCUGCGUCGGGCUGGGAAGCCAGCUGAUGCUGCGACCCGUGUGAGCAUCAACGUUUAUGGAAGAGAGUAUGACCGCGAUGAAGUAGGCAGAGAGCUUUCAAAGAAAGAUCUCUUCCUCCAACACCCCGAUGACUGUCGUGUUGGGAUCAAAUAUGAUAAUCCACAUAUUUUACGGUUGGAUGGGAUGGAUGAGACAGACACCGAGGAUGAGGAGGACGUAAACGAGGAAGUAUCGGAAACUACGCCUGAGCGGGACGAAGGCUUCGGCGAGACCAUGGCGGAGGUCUUUAAUUCGCUACAGCGAGGUGAUCAUCUUACUGAACUGGGAGGGAGCGAAACAUUGAUCAGGACCUUAUACCGGCAUCAAGGAGAAGCGUUAGAUUUCAUGAUACAGCGAGAAACAGGCAAUAUCUCAGAAGACAAGUAUCGCCUCUGGCAACCAAAGUCUGUGGGCCGGGGGCAACUGUAUUGCCAUGUCAUCACCGGCAACGAGCAGCAAGAGCAACCUGACGAGAGUGGUGGAGGAAUCCUUGCUGAUGAGAUGGGCAUGGGGAAAUCCCUUACGACACUGGUUCUUACGGCAAAGACAUUGCGCGAAGCACGUCAAUGGGUAGAGGAGACGAAGGCUCUACCAGGAGCUUCCCUUGCAAAGACACCUAGUCGAGCGACGUUAGUCAUUGUUCCCUCACGCGUGUUGAUUAACACCUGGGAGAGGGAGAUUGAUGAUCACCUAAAUGGCGGCAUGAAGAUGAUGAGAUACCAUGGACGAUCGCGGAAGGAGCUAGUUAGCAACAUCGACCGAUACGAUAUUGUCAUUACCACGUAUAACACCCUUGCAAAGGAGCAUGAUGCGAAGAUCCUCGGAAAGGGGCAGAGCCCGCUACAUGACUUUGCGUGGUAUCGAGUUGUCCUGGAUGAAGCCCACAUGAUACGUCGCCGUAGCACAACCUUUCAUAGGGCUGUGGUCGAACUGAGAGCCAGAUCACGCUGGUGUCUGUCGGGAACUCCUAUUCAGAACAGUUUAGGCGAUCUAGGCUCACUAUUGGCCUUUUUACAGCUAAAACCUUUCCACGAUCCCAGAAACUUCAGUCACUGGAUAGCUAAUCCUUUUGGAGUCAGGGCAACCAAGCGGAAAGCAAUCGAAAGGCUCACAUACCUUCUAGAAGCUGUCUGUCUCAGAAGAACCAUUGAGCGUGUUAACCUGCCAGGCCAACGAUCAGAAUUACGCCGUGUGCAAUUUACUCCUGAAGAACGUGCUAAGUAUGAGCUUACAAGAAAAGACAUGAAGCGAUUCAUCCACCAGCAGGCUGGGGAAUACAAUCAGCAAGCCGAGACAUUCGGCAUGUUCCAGGUCUUUUUGCAGCUAAGGAGCUUUUGCAAUCAUGGAACAUACCAGCCCCGGUUCUCUUGGGCGAAGAGGAACCUGCUGGAGGAUGAGCUGGACCCUGUCUGUUCUAUGACAAGGGAUAGCUUGAACCGCUGCUCAGGUUGCCGACAACCUUUGCCGGUUAUGCCACAUGGCAGGCGGCCAAAGUAUGUAGAAAGUUGCAAGCAUGUCCUAUGUGAUGACUGUUCGUGGGGCAGCAGCAUUCAGUCAGACCCAGAGGAGAGGCGCCACUGUCCACUAUGUGAAUCUCUUAGGGGAUCACGCUACCGUGGCCAUAUACCCACCGCGUCAAACCAGAGAAACCGAAGCGGCGCAGAUUAUCUCAACGCGGACGGUCACUCAUCCAAGAUGAGGGUGCUCAUAUCCGACGUGCAGAGGGAUAUAGGGACAACCAAAAGGUAUGGUUGAUCAGUGCAAGCUGUUCUUAUCACUGACAACGGUGCAGUAUCAUUUUCUCAUGCUGGACACGGACCCUUGAUCUGAUAGCAAAGCAUCUGAAAGUUUCAAGUAUAGAAUUUGAGCGCAUUGACGGCAAAACACCGACAUCUCAGCGCCAAAAGAUCCUUGACAAAUUCGAUGGCACCAGAGCGGUUCCCGUCUUGAUCAUGACAACAGGCACAGGAGCUUUCGGGUACGGCCUGCUUUCCGAUGAUUCUUACUUGUGAAGAAUACUCUGGCUGAAGUAAAGCAGGUUGAACCUAAAAUCCGUCAAUCGGGUAUUCAUCGUCGAGCCGCAAUGGAAUCCUAGUGUUGAGAGCCAGGCUGUUGCACGCGCAAUACGUCUUGGCCAGGAGCAGCAGGUCCUAGUCACCCGCUACCUUGUUGAAAACAGUAUUGAGGAGGCCAUGUGCUCUCAGCAAACGCAGAAAUUGAAGAUCAGCCAGAUGGACUUCAGAAAGGACCUGGAAGCAUCUGCUGCUGGCGAUGAAGGAACCUCUGACUAUCCUUCAGCUAUGCAAUGAAACCGGUACCAUAGAGACAUUGUCAAGGCUCACUGCCCUUCAGCUUCGAAGCAGAUCGUUAGCCACGCACCGUUCGAUAGAUCCACGUGUUACCUGUUAGUGACAGAUCUACAAUGAUAAUCG